GGCGAGAGGACCGAUCCGCAGGGCGGUGGCGGGCGCAGGGCGAGGCUGUGCAGCGAACGGAAGAGGCUCCGGGACCGCCGCGUGUUCCAGCGGCGGAGCGGGGUGGGUGGAGCGGGAGUGCCGGGCCUCCGCCCCCUCCGCCUGCGUUUCCUUCCUCCCUCCCUCGGUCCCCGGGGCCGGCGGACCCGCGGGCACGCACUGCCCGGGCUGGACGACCUCUGGCCGGCUCCCGGCGAAGGGCAGCGGAGGAGCGGCCCAGCGUGCGCAUCUAGGGCACUGGCGAAACCUCGGGACAGUCCCUCUCCGUGCGGGGGCGGCGCAGAGCAGUCCCAUCCCCGGGGUCCCGGGCGCGGCUGACUGCCGGCUGGCUCCCUGCGCUCAGUAGCUCCCCAAGCCGGGCUGCACCGGAGGCGGCGAGAUGGUCGCGCGCGUUGGCCUCCUGCUGCGCGCCCUGCCGCUGCUACUGUGGGGCCGCCUGGACGCCCAGCCCGCGGAGCGCGGAGGCCAGGAGCUGCGCAAGGAGGCGGAGGCAUUCCUAGAGAAGUACGGAUACCUCAAUGAACAGGUCCCCAAAGCUCCCACUUCCACUCGAUUCAGCGAUGCCAUCAGAGCGUUUCAGUGGGUGUCCCAGCUACCUGUCAGCGGCGUGCUGGACCGUGCCACCCUGCGCCAGAUGACUCGUCCCCGCUGCGGGGUUACAGAUGCCAACAGUUAUGCGGCCUGGGCUGAGAGGAUCAGUGACUUGUUUGCUAGACACCGGAACAAAAUGAGGCGUAAAAAACGCUUUGCAAAGCAAGGUAACAAAUGGUACAAGCAGCACCUCUCCUACCGCCUGGUGAACUGGCCUGAGCGUCUGCCGGAGCCGGCAGUUCGGGGCGCUGUGCGCGCCGCCUUCCAGUUGUGGAGCAACGUCUCAGCGCUGGAGUUCUGGGAGGCCCCAGCCACAGGCCCCGCUGACAUCCGGCUCACCUUCUUCCAAGGGGACCACAACGAUGGGCUGGGCAACGCCUUUGAUGGCCCAGGGGGCGCCCUGGCGCACGCCUUCCUGCCCCGCCGCGGCGAAGCGCACUUCGACCAAGAUGAGCGCUGGUCCCUGAGCCGCCGCCGCGGGCGCAACCUGUUCGUGGUGCUGGCGCACGAGAUCGGUCACACGCUUGGCCUCACCCACUCGCCCGCGCCGCGCGCGCUCAUGGCGCCCUACUACAAGAGGCUGGGCCGCGACGCGCUGCUCAGCUGGGACGACGUGCUGGCCGUGCAGAGCCUGUAUGGGAAGCCCCUAGGGGGCUCAGUGGCGGUCCAGCUCCCAGGAAAGCUGUUCACUGACUUUGAGGCCUGGGACUCCCACAGCCCCCAAGGAAGGCGCCCUGAAACCCAGGGCCCUAAAUACUGCCACUCUUCCUUCGAUGCCAUCACUGUAGACAGGCAACAGCGACUGUACAUUUUUAAAGGGAGCCACUUCUGGGAGGUGGCAGCUGAUGGCAACGUCUCAGAGCCCCGUCCACUACAGGAAAGGUGGGUCGGGCUGCCCCCCAACAUUGAGGCUGCUGCAGUGUCAUUGGAGGAUGGAGAUUUCUAUUUCUUCAAAGUGCAAUCCAUUUGAUUGAUAUGAAUACCAACCAUCAUGGGCUCCAGCUUAAAGGAGAGCAGAGGCGGUCGAUGCUGGAGGUUCCGGGGCCCCAAGUCAGUGUGGGGUCUCCCACAGCUGUGCCGGGCAGGGGGCCUGCCUCGCCAUCCCGACGCCGCCCUCUUCUUCCCUCCUCUGCGCCGCCUCAUCCUCUUCAAGGGUGCCCGCUACUACGUGCUGGCCCGAGGGGGACUGCAAGUGGAGCCCUACUACCCCCGAAGACUGCAGGACUGGGGAGGCAUCCCUGAGGAGGUCAGCGGCGCCCUGCCGAGGCCCGAUGGCUCCAUCAUCUUCUUCCGAGACGACCGCUACUGGCGCCUCGACCAGGCCAAACUGGGGGCGACCACCUCGGGCCGCUGGGCCACCGAGCUGCCCUGGAUGGGCUGCUGGCAUGCCAAUUCGGGGAGCGCCCUGUUCUGAAGGCAGCUCCUCACCUCAGAAACUGGUGGUGCUCUCAGGGCGAAAUCAUGUUCCCCGCGCCCCGGGCAGAACCCGUCUUAGAAGCCUCUGAGUCCCUCUGCAGAAGACCGGGCAGCAAAGCCUCCAUCUGGAAGUCUGCCUGCCUUUGUUCCUUGAAGAACGCAGCAUUGUCUUUGUCUGUUCCCACCACAUGGAGGUGGGGGUGGGAUCAAUCUUAGGAAAAGCCAAAAAGGGCCCCAGAUCCCUUGGCCCUUUCCUCCAAGGACUUCUAUCCUCCCCAGGCCUUUGUUUCUCCUGCUAAAGGUACAGUUCCUUUUAAGAGGUGACAGCACUGGGAUCCAAGCAGGGGGAUGAAAAACUCAACAGAGAGAUCACAGACCAUUUUGCAAGACUGUGCCCUUCUCCUCAGGACCUCCUGGCUCAGUUCUUGAAAAAUGGUGUCAUAUUUAGUCAGAGGCCCCACCCCCAGGAAGCAUGGAUGGGGAUGAAGGUACAGGCGUCUCCAACCUCAGAGGCCCUUUGUGGGGUCAGGACGCAGAGUGGGAGGGAGACUGAUGCAGGCCUGCCAGUCCCUGGCUUUUUGUCUGGGGCUAGAAUAAAGAGUUGCCUUCAGCUGGUGGGCCGAGAGGCAGGAAGCAGCCUU